AUGUCAGCGCUCCCGGAUCUUGUUCGAGACUCGAAGUUAUCCACGACCUUUUCGUCAAAAUAUACGACCCACCUUGUCUUUGAUUCAUCUGCUGGACCUCAGAAGCAAACCAGACGCAAGCAAUAUGAAGAAAGAUGGGCAAAAUCCAAGGCCCUGGGCUCCAAACCCUUUGGAAGAGUAUGGCUAGAGGAAUGCGCCGUCUCUAAAGGGCCUGCGAAGCUUCGCGCCGUAAAACAGAUCCCCAAAACCGACAUUGGCUCGAAGCCAGACAGUUGGCACCGAGAACUGGAAGCGAUCAUCAAGUUUUCCCACCAAAAGUAUGACGGGUGUUUUGUCCGAUCAUCAGGAUGGUUCGAAGACACUGAAUCGAUAUUCAUUGCGAUGGAAUAUAUUCCAAAAGGGGACCUCAGCGAGCAUCUUGCCGGACCCCUUCCAGAGGUAGAGGCUCGAAAAAUUACAUAUCAGAUUCUCGAAGGGAUCCAGUUUAUGCAUGAGAAUAGCUUCGCCCAUCGGGAUCUAAAACCAGCCAAUAUAUUCGUUGUUACCGCGGGCCCAGAUUGGUGGGUCAAGAUUGGUGAUUUCGGGAUCAGCAAACGCAUUGAUGAUGGGCAGACAGCCCUGCGGACCAUUAAUGGCACACCGGGAUUUAUCGCACCUGAAAUUGUGGCUCAACUAUUUGAUGUGGCCAACUGGGCUAACUUCAGUUACACUUUGGCUGUGGAUCUAUGGUCCCUGGGAGUGAUUUGCUUCUUCAUGUUGACGGGGCGACUGCCCUUCCACAAAACAUAUGACCUAAUGACCUACUUCCGAGGUGACAUGAGAGGUUCCGACAUUUUUUCUGAUAUCCAUGACGAUCACAAGAUCAGUAAAGAAGCAUCUUCGUUUAUGAAGACUCUUCUAGCAGCACAACCCACCAAUCGUGGUAGAGUUGCGGGCGCGCUAUCUCAUGUUUGGCUACAAGGGUUGAAGCUGAGCCCUUUACCUUCGGGCUCUAUUCAUACCGAGACAUUGAGGGUUUCACGGAGCAAUAUUUCUCGUAUCAGUAUGGUUGAAAGUGAUGCAUCCGCGCAAUGGAGUGUUAUCGACCCACCGACAGCUGAUACUGUCCCAAAAUACGAGACACCUCAAACCAGCAUUAUUGUAUGCCAUGAAGAAAAGUGCGAAAGGAAUGAUCCUUCAAGAAGAUUUCCUACUAUUGACGAUCUAGAACGCCAUAAAAAGAACGUUCAUCCUGAUUCUUUGGAACUGGAUCCUCAGAAAAUCAUGUACCCGUGCUUUGGAAAAAACUGUCCGCGGCCAAACAGACGAAGACGGCUACGAGAUCUCAAGCAUCAUCUACAUCGCUAUCAUCCUUCAGAAAAUGAGAGCAAACUGAUCAAGAAGUGA